AGUAUCAGACACCUUGCUAACCGAAGAAACAGCCGGUGCAACUGACAUCUGGGCACCACCGGUUGGUGGGACCAGAUUGCCAUCGAGAGGUAACACGAAUCCCUAGCCGUGAUAAUGCUAGAGCCACGCACGCACAGCCCCUAGAAACGCCGCACAGAACCCUGCUUCCUCAAUCCUCACCCCCACUCCACUCUUCCAGGCGGCGGCGGGGAGGGCUAUGGACGGCGGACGCGCGGCGCCGCCCGAUGCCACCGCAAACUUCUCCCCUUGGCCCAUCGUCGCGGCCGCCCCCGCCGGGAUCAGGGUUGAGAAUUGCUACGUAUUCAAGAGCCGCCUGCAAGAGUACGCGCAGAAAGCUGGUCUCCCAACCCCUGAGUAUCAUACCCUCAAAGAGGGGCCGUCCCACGAACCAAUAUUCAAGUCCACAGUGGUCGUUAACAACACCAAGUAUGAUUCGCUGCCUGGAUUCUUCAGCCGAAAGGCUGCAGAACAGUCGGCCGCUGAAGUUGCGCUUCUGGAGAUAGUCAAGUCUGUUCCAGCAUCUGAAACCAGAAGCAUCCCAGCAGUACAAGAGACUGGCCUGUGCAAGAAUCUUCUUCAGGAGUAUGCUCAGAAGAUGAAUUACGCCAUUCCAUCUUAUAUUUGCUCUAAGCAAGCUUCAGGCAUAGCUCCUUUUGUAUGCACUGUUGAGAUUGGUGGCUAUGCUUACAGUGGCAUACACUACAUAGGUGCUGCAGCUAGAACCAAGAAGGAUGCAGAGAUAAAAGCUGCCCGAACAGCUCUUCUAGCAAUCCAGGGUCAAUCAGAAGGUUGUGCAAAUGGUGCCACGAAGUACAUUGUUGUUCCUGGACAAAGGCAGGUUAAGGAGAUAGAUAAAAAGCCACCUGAAACCCCCAAAUCACUUAAAGUCAAGAAAAGUGGUGGAAAAAAUAAAUGGAACAAGCGGAAAUUCAUGAGGAAGACCGACCAGAUUGUUGAUGAUGAAAAGGCUGGGGAUGUUCAUGAUUCUGAUGUCCCAAUACAGGCAACAAUAACAGAGGAGCCCUCCAGAGACAGUAUAAUGCUGCAUCCUGAAGGGGAAGCUAGAAUAGUGGAACAGGAGGUUCUUAGAAAUAUGACAAUGCUGCAAGCUGAUAAGGAAGCUGGAAGUGUAAAGCAGGGGCUUCCAGAUCCAAUGCUUCAACACCAUGAGGAAGCUAGAAGAGUAGAACCAGCUGACUUAUCUAGAGACGCUGCAAUGGUUCAAUUCACUAAGGAAGUUGUAAUGCUGCAAUCUGAUGAGGAAGCUAGGAUAAUAGAAUCGGAGCCGCCCAGAGAUCCUGCAACGGCCAAACCUAAUGAGGAAGCUAGAAGUGUGAAACAGGAGCCACUCGGUAGUGCUGAAGUGGUGAUGCCUAACAUGGAAGCUAGAGCUGUAGAGCAGGAGUCAGUGAGCGCCUAUGUAGCAUUGCAAUUUAAUAGGGACGCUACAGAUGUGAAGGAAUCACCAAGCAAUACUGCAGUGAUGCAGCGGGAGGAAACAGAAACUCCAAAGCAAGAAGCACCUCAAAGUGGUGAAUUGGUUAUGUGAAGGAGGAGCCACCAAUCAAUACUGCAGUGAUGCAGCGUGAGGAAACAGAAACACGUAAGCAAGAAGCACCUCAAAGUGGUGAAUUGGUGCAAUCUAACUAGGGAUGUAUUUCUAGACAACAGCAAAUCUUCUGAACAAGAAGACCAAAAUAUUUGGGUUGCAUUCGUUGCUGGAGGCAAAUCAGUCAGCGGGAGAUAUAUUAUGAGCAUAAAAUAAAUUGUGGUGGUUGAGUCCAAUUGUAAGGGUCUUCCAAUUUAGUAGUGCAUCGACUUGCAAAUAAUAAAAAAAACUGAGUUUUUCCAGUUCAGAGAGAAUUCUGUGGAAAAAAAAGAUGGGAGCGUGUGAAUGAACGUAGUUAAUUUAUGGUUGCAAUCAUUGGCCGAUUUUAUUCCUGAUGAGCUAUGCAAACCAAGGUACUCAGUUUAUGGUCAGUUUUUCCCUGUCA